AGAAAAAAGUUAGCAACCAAACACCUAAUAAAGUUUGGGGAGUGAACUGGUCAGUGUUUUAAAAGGUUUUUGAACCCCAAUUCCCAAACCCAGAAAACAGCAAAUGUGAGCUCCACUCCAGCAAUAGAAUUCAUCUUCAAACACAACAACAACAGAUAACAAUCCAAAUUUUCCUAUUAUUUGUAGCCAAAGCCAAAACUCUGUGUCUAUAAAAGAUGGAUCCAGAGGCAGCACAAAAGGCCAGAGAGUCCCUGGAAUUGGCAUUCCAAAUGUCCAACAUUCUAGACACUGGUCUCGACCGCCACACCCUCUCUGUUCUCAUUGCUCUCUGUGACCUCGGUCUCAACCCUGAAUCACUCGCUGCCGUUGUCAAAGAACUCCCAACACACACACACACCCAACACAACCACAACCACAACCACAACAACACAGGAGUACUUGACUCUUAAGAAUUUUCCUCGACAAAUCUUACUUAAAGCAAGUAUAUACAUGAAGGCCCCCAUCUUUUGCGGCUAAUCAAGUCAUUGCUUUGGUAUCUUUUGUAAGUUUUAUUCUCUUAUUAGCUGUAAAGAUCCACUAAAGAGGUUGAUAUUUAUGUAAUAUUUUGAGAUAGCUCCAGUUUACCUUCUCUGUUUUUCACUCAUCUUCGUUGUCUAGCAAUCUCAAGCUCUGAUAUGACAUCAUGACUUGGCUUCAAUCUCAUGUUUGCUUAGUGUGAGGUGAUAUUAUGAUGUUGUAGAAGAAAAUCAUAUAUUUGACUUGAUCAAUUUUGGCUUCUCAA